AUGACAACCACGAUUGAACCCGAGGUCAUAGUUCCUGGACAUAGUCAAGAAAAGUCCGGGACAGAGCACCUCGAGGAGAACAUGGAACUCUUUGACGCAGAUGAAUCAACGUCCGAAUUGUCGUCGCUUCCCGACAGCCCAUAUAGCCCAGGCAGGUCCGGGACGGAGCACUUCAAGGAGGCUAAGCACCCUUUUGAGUGGCCCUCCGACACGUCGUCAUCACCCUCACCAAGUGAGUCCUCAGAGGAGCAAUUCACCUGGAACCGUUCAUGGAAGAUGCAGACGUUGCAUGAGCCGGGUACUUGGCUGUGUGGACACUGCGAGCGAUAUCUGAACCGGGACGACGAUAAAUUGGCAGUCCAGCAGUUCGAGCUGUCCUUGGUCUACCCCUUCGUGAGGAAGAUCGGCUGCCCAAUCCGCCAGAGGAUCUGCCAGCAAUGCAGGCAGCACAGCUUCUGCCAUUUGUUCGAGCACAGCAGGGAACUAAAGGGUGUGUUAGCCGAAGAGGCUUGA